CCCUAUUUUUAGAUAACCUUAUAUUUUUAUUAAAUGGAGAAUUAGAAAAAGUCCAGAUCAAAAGUUUACCAUUUAAGAUUUUUCGAAAUAGAGAUAACUCAUGUUACGAAUCCAGUUUCAUUGUUUAGCAUAUAUUACAAGCAUAUUCCGAACUAUCCGAUACUAAACACAUACAGCAAUAACAAGAAUACAAGGGUUAUAAAUAUUUUAUCAAUAUCUGAAGUUUCCAUAGUUACAUUUAACAGGCAUAUGCCAAUGAUAGACGUUCAGUCAGUUUCAGUCAAAUGCAAGUGAAAUGGCGAAAAAGGGACAGGCAGUUCAGCUGCAAAUAGAAGUGAAUAAUGACGAAGAAUGGGAAAAACUUAUACAAAGAGAUGGACUUAUCGUUGUAGAUAUUUAUUCCGAAUGGUGCGGACCUUGUUUGGGAAUGCAGGCAAACUUGAAGAAAAUUAAACUGGAAUUGGGAGGCGACCUUUUAAUUUUAGCUGUAGCAAAGGCAGAUGGCAUUUCACGCUUAUCCAGAUUUCGAAAUAAAAGUGAACCUACUUGGAUGUUUAUAUCGAAAGGAAAAAUGGUUAAUAUGAUGUUUGGAGCCGAUGCUCCGAAACUGACCCGAUUAAUUACUGAAGAACUGAAAAAAGAACAACUGGCCCAGGAUGGACAGUCUACGGAUAGAACUCCUAUGGAAGUUACUGAUCUCUCCGAUGAGGAACGUGUUAGAUAUGAUGCCGCUGAAUCCAUUCAACGCGAAAUAAGAGAAAAAGAAGAGAGGAAAAUAGCAAAGGAACUACUCGAAAGAAGGACGAAAGAAUGUGAUACUAUACUGACCAACGUGCCAAAUUUUGGCAUAGUUCUGAUCUUUCCAUCCGCAAAGGAUAAAUAUAAAGAAGUUUUACACGAUAUAUUGGACGAGGCUGGCCUUGUCCUUCAACAAACUGAAAAGGUUCGCCUAAAUGAGGGAAUGUUGGAUGAGUUACUAUUUUUCUCCGAAAACAAAUUUCCCAAAAGAACUAUCGAAGAUUUUGUUAACAACAAGAUAUCGUUUGCUCUGUUGCUUCGACGAACCAACGAAAAUCUUUCCGGCCAAAUCGAUGACAUAGUAUUGCAGAUGGUGUAUGGAAACUGCAGAAAACCGCCAGGAGAUGAAAAAUCGCCAGCUUUCAAAUUGAGAAAAGUGGAAGUUGAAGACAAUCCUGACCAAGUGUUGCUAGGUAUUUGGGCUCCAUCAAAUGCUCUCUGCAAGGCUGCAGUAUUAAAACUACUAUUUCCGAAUAUUUGUGAUCCAAAAAAGAUUCCAGUCAUCAAAGAGAUUCCUCUUCAUGUUGCAGUGGCUUAUGAUGCUUUUAAAACAAGAGAUGUAUUUGAUCUUUCUGAAAAAUAUCCCGGUGUGGUAAUGAGUUUUGGCUUUUUUUCGAGUGAUAUUCCAGGAGAUGCAAAAUUAUUAGGCAAAACAACAGACAAAUUUGAAAGCAGAACAUCUCCAGUAACGUACGAAGAAAAAAUUGUAAUCCAACUUGCAAAAAUCAAUCCCGAUGCUUUUGGCGAAUUUGAGGAACUUGGACCUUCAUAUAUGAGUAGAGAUGUUGACAUUGGCGAGCUCGAUUGCAAAUACUUCUUUCCGCCAGGUUACAAUGUCCCAGAAGCGGAGAUCAUUACAUAUUUAAAAAAGAAAUCCAGAAAGAAAGGCAGAGGAAAUAGAACAAAAGCACAACCAGAUCAAGUUGACGAUCAAGCUCUCUCUGUCAGAACGGAAACUGACACUUCCGGUACAAUUGAUAUCAAUGCAGAAGAAACUGGGGAGGAGGUGGGUGCUACGGAUGAUGUCAAUAACGAAAGUGAAGAAGAAGAAGAUGCUGAUGGAUCAAAAGACGAUGAAGAUGAGGAAGAUGGAAAUAAAGAAAACGAAGAGGGAAUAGAUGGUGUUGAUAAAGCAACUUCGCCGGUUGCAGAAAAUGAAGAUUAGUUUAUUUACGACAAAAGUAACGUUUAAGUAAUAUAGUUGUAUUAGAUAUUUCUAUAUGUUUCGUAUCUAUUAAAAAUUAAAACCCCUAGAAAUUACUGCUAUAAACAAAUUGUAAAACAUGUUCAUGAAAUAACUGUUUAUAUUUUCUAGUCUAGAUAGGUAUAAGCACUACUCAUAUACUACUAUAAGCACUACAUACACUACAAAAGAUUAUUUAGCACUAUAAAAUAUUUUAUUAGAGGUACAAAUUCAAAUAUUUAU